AUGGCACCAUCGAAACCCUCCUCGUUUCUAGAACCGAGCCUCCGCUCCACCCCAGGCGAUCUGGCCAUCAUCCUCCUUGCCCGCGACACGUACCAACCCAUCACCCUCGACCAGUCGUCUGGCGCCGCCGUCGAUGGCUACGCAGAGGGCGCAGUACUAAACACUCGAUUUGGCUCCUUCCCACAUUCGACAUUCAUCGGCGCCCCUUGGGGAUCUCAGGUGCGCGCCUCAAUUGUCGAUACCGGCUCCAGGGGGCGCAAGCGCCGGCGCGAUGACGACAACACUCCCGCUGCCACUCCAACCCAGACGACGACGACACCGAGUCAGGACAAUGUAGACGAUGAAAAGGAGGCUGCCGCGUCGACGCCUGAACCGGCGGCGAAAAAGGUGGUGGCAGCGUCCAGUGGCUUCGUGCAUAUGCUGCGACCGACCCCCGAGCUGUGGACGACAUCCCUCCCGCACAGGACACAGGUCGUCUACACACCCGACUACAGCUAUAUCUUGUCGCGGCUGCGGGCACGGCCGGGAACGAGGAUCAUCGAGGCCGGUGCCGGCAGCGGCAGCUUCACCCACGCGUCCGCCCGGGCCGUGUACAGCGGGUACCCUAGCGGCGAAGAGACGAAGGGCAAGGUGUUCAGCUUCGAGUUCAACGAGGCGAGGUUCGAAAAGAUGCGCGAGGAGGUCACGGGCCACGGGCUGGACGGCAUCGUCGCCGUCGCCCACCGUGACGUGUAUACUGAUGGAUUUCUGGCAGAUGGGGGAGAUUCGCCCAACGCGACGGCCGUCUUCCUCGAUCUGCCAGCGCCGUGGAAGGCACUGCAUCAUCUGUUGAGGAAGGGCCAACCCGAUGCACCGGGAUUCGUGUCGCCCCUCGACCCCAACAAGACGGUCCGUAUCUGCACCUUCUCCCCGUGCAUCGAGCAGGUGAUGCAGACGGUUACGGAGCUGCGCCGCCUGGGCUGGACAGACGUCGACAUGGUCGAGGUGGCCAACAAGCGCAUCAACGUGGUGCGCGACCGCGUGGGCGCCAACCUCCCCAAAGACAAGGGAUUCCUGCAGACACCCGCCGAUGUCAUGGAGUCGGUGCAAAAACUCCGGCAACACAACAAGCGCACCCAGAACUUCCACGGAAAGGGCAAUGGUGCCAGCAUGGACGUCGACGACGGUCGCGAGGAUGGCAACAGCAGCAGCAGUAAGCCCUGGCUCCACGGCCGUCUCGUUCAUCGUCCCGAGGCCGAGAUCAAGACGCACACUUCUUACCUCGUCUUUGCUACACUUCCCCGCGAGUGGAGCGACGACCAGGAGGCUGCUGCCCUGGCAAAGUGGCCGUGCGGCGAGGAGAGAAGGACAAUCGGCAGCAUGGACAAGGCUGCUCGUAGGAAGGAGAAGCAGGAGAUGCUGCAGCCCAAGAAGCAGAAGCGAGACUACGCAUGA